CAGGCUGAAUCAGCUGGUAUGUGUGUUUUCUCUCAUGCCAGCCAGCAGGAAUUCCAAGGGGGAGCCUUCGGGUGGGCUGGAGAUGGGACACAGGACAGGUUGUAUUGCUCUCCCUUUGCUGUAGAACAUCGGGCAGGUCCCUUAGGCCAACAGAACUUCGACUUCUCCAACUAUCCAAGAGGAGCUAGGGUAGGAUAGCAAAAGGUUCUGUGCUGUUUAAACGGUAUCCCUGUGGUCACUAAUAGACAAGAGAAUAAUUCUGAUCUUCCCGAAAUGAACAUGAGCUCUAGAAAAUGUACAACAGAUGAAAAUAACACCUGGGCUCAAGGAUCUAAUUCACCCAAGGAAAAUCUAAAAGACCGGACUAUGGCUGCAAAUAAGACAAUUGAAAUUACCUUAGAUGUAAACCGCAGGAAAGACAAAAACAUGAAAUAUCAGAUUGUACAUAAUGAGAGGGAUAGUUUAUAUGUGGCUCUCAUCUCUUGUAAGGCUGUCAAAGAUGAGAUAGAACGUCAGCAAGACAAAGCAAUGCUGGUGUAUGGGAAGGAAGGAAUUCAAGGGUACGUAAACCUUGGAAUGCCCCUCAGUUGUAUUCCUGACAAAUCUCACUUGGUAAUUUCAUUUUUCCAAAGUUUAAGUGAGCAGAAAGACAAUAACCAGGUAUUUCGCCAGCAUGACAUGACAUCUACUGACUAUGUAAAAUUUUAUAUUCAUGCAAUUGGGAAGAGGGGAAACAAGAUUGUUAAGUACAAGAAACUUCAGCAACAAGGGCACAAACUCUGUCUCUAUGCUUUCAAAGGAGAAACUAUCAAGGAAGCUGUGUGCAAGGAUGGCAGAUUUCUUCCCUUUCUGGAGAAUACUGCUUGGAAACUCAUUAAAAACCUGGACACCAUUUUAGAAUGUACACUGCCAGUUGACGACUUAGAGGGAAACCUCUUUGAGGUAGAGAUUGAAGAAAGAAGUAGGUCCAGGGCAGCAACCCCUCAGAAUCUGGAAUCAGAAGAAAGAAAAACCCACCUAGUGAAAACAUAUAUUGUGGACCAGUACCCCAGUUUGAGAAGAGAGAGUGAAAAAAUCAAAGAACACUUCAAGAAGGAAAUGAACAAGUCAGUGUUUGAUUCGCAUAGAGUAAACUUUGGUAAACUGACAAAAAACUCUACUCUGGUUAAAGUGCACAAGCUUCUUUCUCAUCUCAGUAAUUCAGUCGGGUAUAUAUCCUGGGACAACAAUGGUAUAGGGGGUUGUGCCACCUGCUUUGUUCUUAGAGGAUUGUUCAUUUUCACUUGUAGGCAUGUAAUAAAUGACAUUGUGGGUGAAGGAAUAGAGCUAAGUAAGUGGGCAGACAUAAUUAGUCAAUGUGCCAAGGUGACAUUUGCUUAUGAAGAGUCCAAAGAAAAAGAGAAGAACUGUUUUUUCAUUGAACCUUGGUUUGAAAUAGCUGAUGCAACUCUUGAUUAUGCUGUUCUGAAACUGAAGGGAAGUAAACAAAAAGUGCCUUUGGGACUAUAUGAGAAUAUUGGUCCUGUACCACGUAGUGGGUUGAUAUAUAUCAUUGGCCACCCAGAUGGAGAGGCAAAGUCUACUGAUGCUUGUAGUAUUAUCCCUCUGGGUCAGCGAGAAGUGAAAUAUCAGGAAUAUUUUCAGGCUACAGAAGCAGAAAGUUACCAUGGUCAUGUGCCAUAUAUCCAUAUGUAUACUCAAAGAAGUUUCCAGGAACUAGCUCUUAACCCUAGUGUGAUUACCUAUGACACCACUUUUUACUUUGGGGCCUCUGGCUCCCCAGUGUUUGAUUCAAAAGGUCGUUUGGUGGCUAUGCAUAUGGCUGGCUUCGAUUAUGACUACAAAAAGUUGCAUAGCAUCAUUGAGUUUGGCUCUACAAUGGACGCCAUCCUCAUUGAUAUUAAACAAAAGUAUAGCAUGUGGUAUGAAAAAGUGUGUGUAAGCCAGCAGGAUGUAGACAUGGUGAGUGAUGAAGAUUGAGGGCUAGUGAGAAUUCAGUCUGUUUAAUGGCUUAAAGGGAGUUGCCUAUGGCAUUGUUAUUCCACAGGCAAUGUUGAUGGUUUUCUAAAUUCCCAAAUGGUCAGUUUCAACAAAAAUAUUAGUCAUUAACAUUAUUGGUCAUUUCCUAUGUGCCAGGCAGUUUUCUAAGCACUUGAAGAAACUAAUCUAAUCCUCCUAACGAUUUUGUGGGGUAGACUUUUAUCCCCAUUUUAGAAAGUCAAGCAAUAGGAGGAAUGAUUAGAUUAAGAUAUAAUCAAUUUUGUAACAUUAAAAGUAGUAUAAUCCAUUGAUUUUUUUCAUCUCCCAUCUAUUCCCUAAAUUCAGUUGCUAGAGGGCAGGAUCCAACACUUUGUUAGCCUAAUUUUCCCCAAUGUCUGACACAUAGAAAGUAAGUGCUUAGAAAAUAUGUGGGUUGAUUGGUAGCAAAACUUGAGGGCUGAAGUUAGAGUGCUUGGUUAGAAAUGAUCUCAAAAUCUUUUAGUAUUUCCAAAAUCCUAACAUCAUUAAAACAGUCAGGGUAUGUAUGUUCUGAAAUUCAGGGGGUAAUAUUCACUCUUUCUAGAUUUAUUGUCAGCCUAAAGCAUUGGAAGGGGGAGAGUAGUUGAAUGUGGGGAAAUCUGAGAAGUUGCCAUGUCUUUGCCAUGUUGCAAAAUUGCUGCAUCAAAAUGCCACCUACAAGUGAAGCUUGUAGAGAUAUUACAAAGUCCUGUCUGAUUGUCGUGACCUUCCAAGAAAUAAUGACUGUGUUUCAUUUCCACCUGUGCUGGUUUGGAUGUAUUAUGUAUUACGUCCCCCCAAACGCCAUGUUCUUUAAUGCAGUCUUGUGGGACCAGACAUGCUAGUGUUGAUUAGGUAGGAAUCUUUGGAUUAGGUUGUUUCCAU